GCUGCCAUUGCUGGGUUCUUGGCUAUCUCGGGUGCUGGUGGGAUGUGGGCAGCAAAGUCUCCGAGCCGUAAACUGCAGCGGGAGUAUUAACCCCUUCCGCUAGAGUCGGUGAUGCGAGGGUCUCGGCAGGGUUGUCUGUAAAAGUUAAACAAGGAUCAGAUCCUUUCUUCUCUCUCUGCUGAAAGAAUCUGGGACUAUCAUUUCUACAACCAGCUGUGCAGCAAGUAAACUCUGAAAUGCCAUAAUUCAUCAUCUUCCCCCAACACGCUGCUGCCUCUGAAGGAGAAGAAUAUUCCAGGACGGCUCUGUCUGGACAAAUAGACAGCUUCAGGAGAUAAACUAUUUCUUUUUGUAUAUCUGUGAGAGAGUGAGCGUGCGUUCUCCAUUAGCACUAUGGAUAGAAGGUGUUAUGGCUGUGCAUCCAAGUUUACUCUCUUCAGAAAAGAGUGUGGGUGCAAGAACUGUGGGCGGGCAUUCUGCUCAGGCUGCCUUGGGUUCAGCGCCCUUGUUCCCCGUUACGGGAAUACUCAGCAGAAGGUGUGCAAGCAGUGUCAUGGGGAGCUAAGCAGAGGAGUGUCUCAGACUAGUACAGCUAGAUGGUCUCCACCAGAGAACUACAAAAAGCGUGUAGCAGCUCUUGAGGCCAAGCAGAACCAGCCGACGGGUCCGCAGAAAGGCCCUGUGAAACCCCAAGGUGGGGCAGGCUCCAGAUAUCAGGGGCUGUCAAAGGAGGAUCGAGCUAUUGCAGAGAGGCUGGAGAGGCUCAAGGAGGAAACAAAGCCCAAGUCUGUCCCGUCUCAAGCUGAGAUAGAAUCUAGGCUUGCAGCACUGAAGGAUGACCCCAGCAAACCCAUUCCAUCCACACAGGAAAUGGAAGAACGUCUGGCUGCCCUGCAGGGAAGAGCCCUUCCAUCCAAAACUCCCAGACCGGUGCACCAGCCCCCUGAUACCAGAACCCAAGUUCAACAGUCGGAUGACCUGUUGACCCAGCUGGCUGAGGAAGUUGCCAUUGAUGAGAGUUAUAGUCCAGGAGCCCAGCCUCAAGCUGUUAAUACCCAGACCCUGAAUGAUCUCAAUCGGAGAAGUGAGGGCGGCAUCAGCACUGCUGAUCUCGACCCAAAACAGCUGGAGGAGGAGAAGAAUAAAUUUCUGGCAGAGGCUGCUGCUGAGCUGAGGGAGGAGAACACUAGGGAGGAGAAAAUCCUAGAAGUUGCAAAGAAACUGGCAGCACUCAGAGGCCAGGACCCCGAGAAAGUUACUCUGGAAGACUAUAAGCUCCCUGACAGUGAUGAGGAGCUGACGGAGGAAGAAGCCAUUCAGCGAGUCCUAAAACAGCUCACUGAGGAAGCAGCUCUAGAUGAAGCAAGUGGCUUCAACAUCCCUGCCGAUCAGGCCACCCACCCAGCAACCUCACAGCAGAACACAGCCAAGAAAGCAAAGCUAAAGAUCCAAGCUCCAACUGCCACAGCUAGUGCUAAGAAACCCAUCCCAAUUGCUAAGGCAGAAGACAGUGAUGAGGAGGAGUUACCAUGGUGCUGUAUCUGCAACGAAAAUGCCACAUUGCGCUGCCAUGACUGCGAUGAUGAUCUCUACUGCCAGCGAUGCUUCCGGGAAGGCCAUGAUGAGUUUGACCGGAAGGAGCACUGCACAUCUAGCUUUCGUCCUCCUUGUAAGCAGAAAUGAGUCCUUGAGCUGUGAAAAGGGAAGAAGAUGCAAAACAGAGAUACAGAGGGAGUUGUCAAGAUGGGAAGAGUCCACGAGGGCAUGUGCUUGCUACCAAAACAGAGGAUCUUUUGAACAAUUUGAGGAACCUCUGUAAUUCCAGAGAAGCUUGGUGAAAAUGUGACUCCCCUCCCCAAGCAUAGCCAGGGAAACAUGGCUGGGAAUGAAGUGCAUGCUCUGCAUACAUGAGCGUUUAAGCCAGUGGAACAUUAGAAAAUGGAUGAGUUGAUAUAAAUGUAAAUAGCAUGAGUUUAAAACAGGGGGCAUUUGGAUGAUGGUAAAGCUAGGGAAAGAGCAUGAAUUUAAGCCAUUGUGAGGCUGCGUGAUGAAUAAUUUCCUGCUUUUGCUAAUAAUUUACACAUUUUGUUCAAAAAAGAUGACAAGGCAAGUUAAAUUAAGAAAAGAUAAAAUUCUUCAUGGCUUGAUCAGAUAGGUGAUAAGAAUCUCUGAAGUGUAAUAAAGGAAUGUGUGUAGGGAA